UCUUCACAGCGGUAACUGCAGUAGACAAAAAGCUUGGGGAGGUAUUACCAUCUUAUCUCGACAAGCAAACCAAUAAAAUUGAAAUCAUGUGUAAUAAGAAUGAAGCAGUUUUAAUCAAUUUAGCCUAGAUUCAAGAACAACUUGGAGCUAGAAUUGACAGCAUUGAAAAAAACACUUCUUCUUUAAGCCAAUCUUUAAAUCUGUAAAUGAAGUGAAAAUGAAACAAGACAAUUUUCAAAGAAGCCAAUCUGAAGAUAAGCAAAAAGUGUUACAACUUGAGGAUUUGGUUUUGAAACAAAAAGCUGCAAUAAAUGAGUUGCAACAAAUGUUAUCAUCUAUUGAGGAUGAACUUGAAUAUGUUGCUGAAGUUCAAGAACAUUCACAACAGUAUGGCAGGAGGUUAAAUCUGGAAAUUGUGGGAAUACCUUAGCUUACCAGAAAAAUGAAAUCACAAACCAGAAAGUAAUUGAAGUUGCUAAACUGGUUUAUGUUGAACUUAAUUAUAAAGACAUUUCUACCUCUCAUAGACUGGUUGCGGGUGAGAAAUCUCCAAUAAUUGUUCGCUUUUGCAGACGAGACAAGAGGAAUUAACUGUAUCGUAAAAAAGCUAACCUCAUUAAAGAGAAUGGAGUCAAAUUCAAGAAAAGUCUAGAAGUGGACCACAAUGUCGCAAUAGAAAUUCAGAUUGAUCAGAUGCUCUGUUAAUCUAGUAAUAAAAAAUUUUACCGGAUGCAUCAUUGAAAUGUGUUCCCUCAAAGUUCAAUAAUAUUAUCAUACAACGUGCAUUGUAAAAACAUCUAUCAUAAUUAAAGUGCAAACAAAAUCCAGAGUUGCAAACAGUAUGCAAGCAAUUAAAGUGUGUCGUGGUCGGAGAUGGAGCUGUUGGUAAAACAUGUCUUUUAAUCAGCUACACUACCAAUGCGUUUCCUGGAGAAUACAUCCCUACUGUGUUCGAUAAUUAUUCAGCUAAUGUUAUGGUUGAUGGACGACCUGUUAACUUAGGUUUGUGGGAUACUGCAGGACAAGAAGAUUAUGACAGACUUCGUCCUCUCUCUUAUCCUCAGACAAAUGUAUUCUUGAUCUGCUUCUCUGUUGUAUCACCGGCAUCGUAUGAAAACGUUCGUGCAAAAUGGUACCCAGAAGUGUCCCACCACUGCCCAAACACCCCAAUUGUUUUAGUUGGAACAAAGGUCGACUUACGUGAUGACAUGGACACUAUAAAUCAUCUCAAAGACAAGAAGCUUAUUCCUGUUGCUACCACAGCUGGUCUACAACUAGCUAAAAACAUUGGUGCUGUCAAAUAUCUUGAAUGUUCAGCUCUUACUCAAAAAGGUCUUAAGAUUGUCUUUGAUGAAGCAAUUCGUGCAGUUCUCUUCCCACCGGUGGUGAAACCCAACCAGAGAUCUUGUGAUAUUCUGUGAAAACAUAUAAAUGAAAAAUAAUUUAUUCUUUGGAUGCACUAUGAUGUUAGUAAUUUCAUUACUCAUACUAAAAAUUUUACACAUUACAUUUAUCGGGUACUCCCGUAGUAUGUGUACCAGGCUGGGGCAUAAUUUUCAUUUUCUUUAUUUUAGUUCUAUUGCGAGUUGUCGAACUGUCUGUGUUAGCUAAGUGAAUAUAUACCCUCUGUCCUUAGGUUUUUAAUUAAUUCAUUUAUUUAAUAUACAAUGGUUUAUGCUAAAUUCUCGGUUAAACAUGUCUUAUUCAAGAAUAUAUUAAUACUAAUUAAAAUAUUAUUUUGAAAUGUACUCAGAAUAAUAAAAAUUUUCGUUUUGACGAACCCUACUGUUAAAAUCAUGAUACUGUUUUUAUUUCUACUAUUUAAUAACACUCAAAAGUGAUAAUAAUCAAGACUUGAUAAUCAUUCUUCUUUUUUGUGAUAAUUCAGGUUGUUUGUAAUUUUAUAUCAUAUAAGGGCGUCAUGAGCCACUGUAUUUCAUAUAAAAAAUAUUUUUUAGUUUUGUCUGUUCUCAAAAGCACAUAUUACAUAGGAUUUGGAAUUUUGGAAAGGGAUUUAUGAAAAAAAAAGGAGCUUCGAUUUAUAUUUGCUUACAAACAUUUUUUAAGCAGUCCUUCGAAAAAAUAAACUCAUAUUGCAUGUUAUCAAAUAUCUUAUAUCAGUGUUGUUGUAGUGUUGAUAUACUUACAUAUUGAUUUUAAGUAAUUUUGAGAGGUUGAUCAGAUCAGUUACUAAAUUUAUAUUUUUUUUAUACAUGCAUAGAACAUUUGAAUGAUUUGAAUUAAUCCCGAAUAAAGGUCAAGUAUUAUUGGUCUG